AAAAGGAUUGUGUAGGGGAUUUGACGGUCAGGAUGCUGCCACGUCACAAUUUAUGUUUAAAAAAGUAAAACAAAGAGUAGGGACUCAACCUGAAGGCCUGUUCUCUGUUCUCUCGCUAGCGACCUAGUGGGUAUAACAAAGACUAGAAGUGGAGCUGUCAAAUGGGUCCCCGACUAUGUGAAAUCUGCAAUGAAACACAAUCGAAAUACAAGUGUCCCGCAUGUCUAGUGCCUUAUUGCUCCGUGAUUUGUUUCAAGAAGCACAAAGAAAUCCCAUGUGCUAAGCCAGUUCCUUCUGAGGAAAAAUCAACUGCUGAUCCAGAAUCACAUCUAGAGAGACCAUUAAAUGUGGAAGAACCAGGCAAUGUGCUACAAAAGUUGCAACUGGAGGCUAUAGCUCCUGAUCCAGAGUCACCUGUAGAGAGACCGUUAAAUGUGGAAGAACCAGCUGAUGUGGUACAAAAGUUGCAACUGGAAGCUAUAGCUUCUUCCAGUGAAAUUCGUGAUGCUUUGAAGGAUGAAAACCUGCAGAAAAUCAUUUGCAAUAUUGAUGGUUCACCAGAUGCUGAGAAUGAACUUGAUAAAGCUAUGGGAGUGGAGGUGUUCCGCAUAUUCACCGACAAGAUUCUAUCAAACAUCAACCUAUAGCUGCAACCGGCCGUAAAUCGAGUAAGAAGAUGACAUUUGUUGCAUGAAGUGGAAAAUCCUACAAAACCAGCAGUAUGUUUGAUCAACUUCUAACUUUGGCUUCAAUAGAGAUUUUCCAAUCUGGUUGGCUGCUCACGUAUCUUGCUUGCUUGGUGCAACUUCGUACAAGUAUUGUCGCUAGGACUCCUCUGAUGUGAUGUGUAGUUUUGAGAAUACUUCAAUUUUGGGCCUGGUUAAGAAGUAUUUUAAAGUUUUACGGUUUGGUUGCAAGAUUUAGUUAAAGAUCAAUUCAUAUCAA